AUGGCUCUGGCACACAAAGGAGGGUGGAAGAAAACAACAGAGAAGGAAAUCGACUUUGUAUAUAAAUGGCUGAGUGUUUCAAGAGGCACCAUUUUAACGCAACAACAGAAGGAGCCAGGACAGGCGGUGGACUCCAGAAGACAAGAAGCUCCUUUGAUACUGCAGCCCCGAUCAACUAAAAUUUAUUUACUUUGCUUAAUGAGAUUGUUAUUCUGUGGCACGGCAUCUAGUGGAGCAAUUAAGAAACGCUCUGCUUCCCAUUCUGGUGAGUAUGGGGGGAACUCAGGCUCCCGCUUCUCGCACACCGUAAACCAAUUGGAUGGACCCAUCACUUCCAUUAAGAUUCGAGUCUACUCCUCAUACAUUACGGGUCUCCAGGUCCGUUAUGGGAGAGACUGGAGUGAUUACGCAGGUGGCCCAUCAGGAGAACUGCAUCAAGUCGUACUCCACCGGGGAGAGGACAUUACCCUGGUCUCUGGGAUGGCUGACUCUUAUCUCCGCAAGCUUGAAUUCCAUACCAGCCUUGGGCGCCACUUUUCUUUUGGGACUAAUACAGGCACUGCUUUUAGUGGAAUUGCACUCUUCCCAAAUGCUGUCCUGAGUUACAUAAGUGGCCGCGCUGAUUCUUCCUAUGUGUAUGCCAUCAGUUUCCAUUGGAAUGUCAAACGCUCUACAGGAAAUCAGGCAUGA